AUGACGUUUUGUUAUGUGACGUAUGGUUAUGUGACGCUUGGUUAUGUGACGUAUGGUUAUGUGACGUUUGGUUAUGUGAGGUACGGUUAUGUGACGUAUGGUUAUGUGACGUUUGGUUAUGAGACGUUCGGUGAUGUGACGUAUGGUUAUGUGAUGUUUGGUUAUGUGACGUAUGGUUAUGUGACGUUCGGUGAUGUGACGUUUGGCUAUGUGACGUUUGGUUAUGUGACGUUCGGUGAUAUGACGUUCGGUGAUGUGACGUAUGGUUAUGUGACGUUUGGUUAUGUGACGUUCGGUUAUGUGACGUUAGGCUAUGUGACGUUUGGUUAUGUGACGUUAGGUUAUGUGACGUUCGGUUUUUUGACGUUUGGUUAUGUGACGUUAGGUUAUGUGACGUUCGGUUAUGUGACGUUUGGUUAUGUGACGUUAGGUUAUGUGACGUUUGGUGAUGUGACGUUUUGUUAUGUGACGUUUGGUUAUGUGACGUUUGGUUAUGUGACGUACGGUUAUGUGACGUACGGUUAUGUGACGUACGAUUAUGUGACGUACGAUUGUGUGACGUACGGAUAUGUGACGUAUGGUUAUGUGACGUUCGGUGAUGUAACGUUUGGUUAUGUGACGUUUGGUUAUGUGACGUUUGGUUAUGUGACGUUUGGUUAUGUGACGUUCGGUUAUGUGACGUUUGGUUAUGUGACGUUAGGUUAUGUGACGUUCGGUUAUGUGACGUUUGGUUAUGUGACGUUAGGUUAUGUGACGUUUGGUGAUGUGACGUUUUGUUAUGUGACGUUUGGUUAUGUGACGUUCGGUGAUGUGACGUACGGUUAUGUGACGUGCGGUUAUGUGACGUUUGGUUAUGUGACGUUUGUUUAUGUGAUAUAUGGUGAUGUGACGUUAGGUUAUGUGGCGUUCGGUUAUGUGACGUACGAUUAUGUGACGUACGGUUAUGUGACGUUUGGUUAUGUGACGUUAGGUUAUGUGACGUUCGGUUAUGUGACGUUUGGUUAUGUGACGUUAGGUUAUGUGACGUUCGGUUAUGUGACGUUUGGUUAUGUGGCGUUAGGUUAUGUGACGUUUGGAGAUGUGACGUUUUGUUAUGUGACGUUUGGUUAUGUGACGUUCAGUGAGGUGACGUACGGUUAUGUGACGUUCGGUUAUGUGACGUUUGGUUAUGUGACGUUUGUUUAUGUGAUGUAUGGUGAUGUGACGUUAGGUUAUGUGACGUUCGGUUAUGUGACGUACGAUUAUGUGACGUACGGUUAUGUGACGUAUGGUUAUGUAACGUUUGGUGAUGUGACGUUAGGUUAUGUGACGUUCGGUUAUGUGACGUAUGGUUAUGUGCCAUUCGGUGAUGUGACGUUUGGUUAUGUGACGUUUGAUUAUGUGACGUUUGGUUAUGUGACGUUUGGUUUAUGA